GCGCACAAGGCGCGGGUUAGGCAGGCGCGAGGGUGGCGCACUGCGCAUGCGGGAAGAUGGCGGGCCCGGCGUCUUGAACGCCGUGGGUCACCGUGCCUCCCUCGGGCCAGCGGCGGGAGCUCUCGGGCUCGGGAGGCGAGGGCCGAGGCGGGUUCUCCGAGCAGCUCCCGCUCUCCCCCAAGCCGACCGCGGAGCCGCUGCGUUCCGGGCACCCGGAUCCUGGCGCUCGAGGCGGCGGAGAGCGGGAGAGCCCCCGGGACGCGAGGAGCGCGGGGCGGCCGGCGCCAUGAGCCAACAGCGGCCGGCGCGGAGACUGCCCAGCCUCCUGGUGGACCCAGCGGAGGAGACGGUGCGCCGCCGCUGUCGCGACCCCAUCAACGUAGACAGCUUGCUGCCAUCGAAGAUCAGGAUUAAUUUAGAAGAUAACGUACAGUAUGUGUCUAUGAGAAAAGCUCUAAAAGUGAAGAGGCCACGUUUCGAUGUAUCGCUAGUGUAUUUAACUCGGAGAUUUAUGGAUCUUGUCAGAUCCGCCCCCGGGGGCAUCCUGGACUUAAACAGGGUCGCGAGCAAGCUGGGCGUGCGCAAGCGCAGGGUGUACGACAUCACCAACGUCCUGGACGGCAUCGCUCUGGUCGAGAAGAAAUCCAAGAACCACAUCCGGUGGAUAGGAUCCGAUCUCAACAGCUUCGCGGCAGUGCCCCAGCAGAAGAAGCUGCAGCAGGAGCUGUCUGACCUCUCUGCCAUGGAGGAUGCUUUGGAUGAGCUGAUUAAGGACUGUGCCCAGCAGCUGUUCGAGUUAACGGAUGACAAGGAGAACGAAAGACUGGCGUACGUCACCUACCAGGACAUCCACAGCAUCCGGGCCUUCCACGAGCAGAUUGUCAUCGCAGUGAAGGCCCCGGAGGAGACCAGACUGGACGUCCCGGCGCCCAGAGAGGACGCUAUCACAGUGCACAUCCGGAGUACCAAGGGGCCCAUCGACGUGUACCUGUGUGAGGUGGAGCAGAGCCGCCCAGCCGCAAGCGCGCGCCCCACGCAUCCCCAGAAAGAGGAGCCACCUCCGCAGAGUGAGGAGAUGCUGGAGGUGAGCAACUGAGCUGGGGCUGCGGCCACGGCUCUCCGAGCAGCUGGCGGGGCGGAGUCGAAACCCUUGGAGCGGAGACCCCACAGAGCUGGCGAGGGGAGCCCCACCCCUUAGCAGCAGCAGCAGUCGGGCCAGUGGUGGCUUUGAGCAGCACCCUCCCCAGGCGGCCGGCAGAGUGUGUGUGCCUCGGGAACAGCUGUGCAGUGUGACUCGGCUCGCUGCUCUCUGUGAGGGCCCUGGAGACAGGCGCUCAGGUGGGGCCUCGGCCUCCUGUCGCCGACGCAGGAGAAGUUGCCUUAUGCUGGGUCCCCCCAGCAGUCGUGGGUGCUGGCCAGUGUGCGCCUGGACCAGUGCAGUGUCUGUACAUACCUGUAUCAUGUUUAGCCUCCCGUGAAACGCGUCCCGUGACGCCACCGCCUUGUACGCUGAGUGAAUGUACGUGUGGACGGUGGCCACAGGCGCGGUGUCCUUGGCUCUCUAAUUUAUUACACUCCUGGGCGAGGUUGGAGGUGAGGUCCACACACACCUGCGUGUGCAAGGACCACGCGCAGCCUCCUCGCUUUGCGGCUCCCUGUGGGAGCCGUCACUGUGUCCCCGUGGGUGUGGCCGCAGGCCUUCGGGGCCAGGCCAGAAAUGCCGUCAGUAACGGUUGACCUAGUCACGGUGACGUUGGAGCCUGCCGUACGCUUUCUGCAGGUGAAUGGGGUCACACGUCUGUGUGUGGCCCUCUUGGGCUCUGCGCCCUGCGCUGUCCCCGCCCUCCCCCAGUGCUGGUCCCUGCUCUGAGCACCUCUGCUCUACCUCAGCGGUAAGUCAUUUACCACCCGUGCCUCAGUUUACUCAGUAGUUACCAUUAGACUGUGAGCUCCUUGAGGGACUGCUGUCACCGUCACCCAGCGCCGUGCGUCGCGCAUGUCCUGUCAAAGCGAACACAGCCUGGCAUACGAGCGCGUGGUGAUUGUAGUGUGGGCAGUAGAGACUAACUCGUCUGUGGAGCAGGAUUCCUGUGAGCAUCAUUGAUCCAUGUUAAACCUCUCGCUUUCGAAGAAAGGUUUGAUCGUGUAUAAAAAGUUUUAAAAUAAAGAUCUAAAAUUACAAA